ACCAUUACAAUAUUUAAUACCUAUGACUAAAUAUGCAAUAAAAAACCCCGGCCCGACUGAUAUCCAAUACAAAACAUAUUUCACCACAACAGCCAGGCAUAUAAUGGUGGAAAACCUCCGGGAACAUCCUUAUCUUAUCGGGCGUGGUGGACACGAGAAGACCACUAAUCAGAGUAUUAUAGAGUACUGCUAACUCACAAUAUUGAUAAACAAAAUAAAGGCCAGCCGAAAGUUUCACGCGCAUUUAUUGGCGGAGAAUAGGGAUAUGUCCGAAUCGGGAAUCAAGAAGCUGAGUCAGGAGAGGACUCGGGAAUGGUUAAACAGCCAGGUCAGCAGCUCCACCGAGGAUGAGGAGUUGGAGUCGAUAGCAGAGUCCUCGGUGGUGGACAGUUUGGACUAUGAAUAUACGGAGGAGGAUGAUACGGAUCAGAAUAUCAGCACCAUGACACUUGGCACUCAGAUCGCCACGAAAAAACAAUCGAUCAUCACCGACACGAUAAGGGACCUGAUGAACUCGAUCAACAGCAUUCAAACCUUGGGCAACGUUAACAUUAGCAACUCCACAAACGUCCACAUCGGCAAUGUGACCAAUAUCAAUGGCAACAUACAGAUCAUAGCCGAGGGCCUGAGCCCACACCGCAGGGAUAGGGAUCGUCGAUCGCCCCCGAAGCAUAGCGCUACCAAACCAGAGACCCAUUUCAAUGAGGACUAUCAGGACGAGUCGGAGGAGAGGGUGCGAUCAGAUGUAUUUAUCAGGCGUCAGAAGUUCAAAAUACCCAAAGAGCUGUGCAGCAUUAUUCCGCGCCAUUCCUGGCUGGCACAAAAGCCCAUGGACGAUCCCCAGCCCCUGCAGCUCCCCGUUAAAUAUGUGGUUAUCUUACAUACUGCCACCGAGAGCUCAGAAAAACGCGCUAUUAACGUAAGACUUAUCCGUGAUAUUCAAUGCUUCCACAUAGAGUCGCGGGGAUGGAACGACAUUGCUUACAACUUUUUGAUCGGCUGUGAUGGCAACAUUUAUGAGGGACGCGGCUGGCAGACAGUGGGUGCCCACACACUGGGCUAUAACAAGAUAUCGCUGGGGAUCAGUUUUGUUGGGUGCUUCAUGCGAGAGCUUCCAACGGCGGACGCACUGAACAUGUGCCGCAAUCUGUUGGCCCGCGGCGUGGAGGAUGGCCACAUAUCACCCGACUAUAGACUCGUUUGCCACUGCCAGUGCAAUUCGACGGAAAGUCCUGGCCGGCAGUUGUUCGAAGAGAUACAGACAUGGCCCCACUUUUACAAUAUUGAGGAGGAGGAGGAGGAGCACUAAAGGACAAAAAAGCACAUUGUAUAUAUAAAGUUGAGUUUACAUCUUUGUUAAAAAUUAAA